CUCGACUGAGUGAAGCGGAAGCUUCCUUGUUAAGUUUUGAAGACCAUAGAAUAUAUUAGAUGCGAUGCUACUCGGAAAAAGGCUGACAGCUAUCAUUGACCUGAACAGAUCUCUCAUACAAUUUUUUCCCAACCCGACAGGAAUCAUCACGGCAUUGUUUUCAUAGUUUAGAGGGUGUACCAAGGUCGGUCCUCGCACUUGGCAUUGAUCGUAGCUUCCAUUGUUUCCAUCUUGCUGUACAACCCAGUGGAGAGGUGAAUCACAGUUAACGGGAUUUCAGAUGCUGAUGGCGAUUCCGUUACUGCUUGUGUACUGAUGAACCAUCUCAAACCAGGAAGUUGUGGAGUCAUGUCGCCUUACGAAGUGUUCCUGAGCUUUAGAGGACCGGAUACACGCUCGGAUAUUGCUGAUAUCCUGUAUACUGGUCUCAUUGAUGCUGGAAUUCGAGCAUACAGAGACAAUGAAGAGCUCCGUACCGGGGAAGAGAUAGGUCCAGGGCUUCUCCAAGCGAUUGAGCAGUCCAAAAUCUCGAUACCCAUCUUCUCUAAAGGUUAUGCCGACAGUAAGUGGUGUCUCAUGGAGUUGGUACAGAUGGUUGAGUGCAAGAGAGCUUCGGGCCAGAAGAUCAUGCCCAUUUUCUUCGAUGUCAGGCCAUCUGAGGUUCGAAACCAAAUUGGGGGUUACGGCGAGGCCUUUCUUUCGCAGGUGAAGAAGAAGCAGUUUGAUGAAAACACCAUCCAUGGGUGGAAGGCUGCUCUCAAUGAGGUGGGAGCGUUAAAGGGAUGGGAUUUCCAAAGCAAUCCGAACAGAGGCAAAGGUGAGUUCGUAAGAGAAGUUGUCAACAAGGUUUUGAUUGAGUUGAAAAAGGCCUACUUAGUAGUAUCUGAUUGCUUAGUUGAAAUGGACAAUCAUGUGGGUGAAAUAAUGAGAAUGGUGUUUGCCGACACCGAUGAAACUACGAUUGUCGGAAUCCAUGGCAUGGGUGGUGUUGGGAAGACGACGCUUGCCAAAAUCGUCUACAACCAACUCUCCCACCAUUUUGAGGCUUGCUGCUUCCUUUCUAACAUACGAGAAACUUCCGAGCAGAAGGGUAUUGAGUAUCUGCAGAAUCAGCUCAUCUCUAUACUCCUUAGAAAGAAAUGGCUAGACAUUGAUAAUGUGGAUGAAGGGAUUACAAUGAUUGAGGAGAGAUUAUUCUCUAAAAGAGUUCUACUUCUACUUGAUGAUGUUGACAAAAGGAUUCAACUGGAUGCUCUCCUGGGGAAGCGCAAAUGGUUUGGCCAAGGAAGCAAGCUUAUCAUUACCACCAGAAACAAGGAUGUUCUUCAUGAGCCCAAAGUUGAUUGGACUUAUGAACUUCCCUGCAUGGAUUUUGGCCAUUCUCUGCAACUUUUCAGCAGACAUGCAUUUAGAAGAGACUAUCCUUUGGAGGAGUUCCUCCCUGACUCCACAAAAGCCGUGAAGAUUAGUGGCGGUCUACCUUUGGCUCUAGAGGUUAUGGGUUCACUUUUAUCUGGAAAAGGCAAAGAACAAUGGGAUAGCAUAUUAAAGAAGCUGGAAAUAGUUCUCCAUGAGGACGUAAAAAAGAAGUUGAAGAUCAGUUUUGAGGCGUUAGAUGACAGACAAAAGAACAUAUUCCUUGAUAUUGCCUGUUUCUUCAUUGGUUUCGAUAAAAGAAUUGUGAUCCAUAUGUGGGAAAGUUGCGAGCUUUUUCCUGAAGAAGCCAUUGAAGUCCUCCAGCAGAUGUCUUUAAUAAAGAUUAAAGAAGACAACUGUAUUUGGAUGCACGAUCAGCUGAGAGACCUUGGACGUGAAAUCAUUCGUCAAGAGUGUGCUAUGAAAUCAGAGAAGCAAAGCAGAGUAUGGAAUCAUGAGGAAGUGUUUGAUCUUCUUAUGAGGACGAAGGGAUUAGAAAAUGUUGAAGCAAUUUGUCUCAAGUCUGAAAGUAGUUGUGAAUACAACAUUACAUAUGAAGCAUUUGCAAGUCUAUCAAACCUAAGGUUCCUGCAAGUGGAUGGCGUAAACUUCAACGAGACAAGCACAAACCUGCAUUGUUUUGCUCAAGUCAGGUCUUUUCGGUGUGAUUGCUGCUUGAAUGUUCUUCCAGCCAGUUUUUUCCGUAAGAGUCCAUACAUACUUUUGAUGUUGAGAUGGCUUUCAUGGCAUAACUUUCCUGCAACUUUUGAGCUGACAAUCCUUUCCCUAACAAAGCUAGUGAUUCUUGAUCUAUCAUGGAGUAAAAUUACGGAAAAAUGGAGUGGAUGGAGCCACAUCAAGAUGGCAAAGAAUUUAAAGGUUCUAAAUCUGACUGGAUGCAGAAAGUUAUAUAGAACGCCUGACUUCUCAUCUCAUGUAUCUUUAGAGAGAUUAAUUCUUGAAAGAUGUCAGAAGUUGGUCCAUAUUGAUAGAUCUAUUGGUCAGCUAAAGCAGCUAGUUUUCUUAAACUUAAAGUUCUGCACUAAACUCAGCAAGCUGCCAGAUGAGCUUGCUAAACUAGAAGCUUUAACAGAAAUUCUUGUGGAUGGCACAUCAAUAAAAGAAAUUCCUGAAUGGAAAGGAAUGAAGAAACUGGAAAUUCUCAGUGCUCGUAAUUGUAAAUAUUUGAAUAAUUGUAGUUCAGUUGGCUGCUUAGCAUCAUUAUUGAAGCUUUCAUUGGUAGCAACUGAGAUUACUCAACUACCAGAAUCCAUUGGGAAUUUGCAAUCACUAGUCGAAUUGGAUCUAUCUCAAUCACAGAUUCUAAUGCUACCUUCUUCAUUAGGAAACAUGAAGAAUUUGAAAGUACUGAGAAUACGCUGCAGUCCCUUGAGAAAACUACCCAGUGCCAUAGGACAGUUGGAUAAGCUUGAAGAGUUAGAUGCUGACCGCUGUGGAUAUUUGGAAGGAGAAAUGCCUAGCAAUAUCGGGAGAUUAAAGUUUCUAAGAGUCUUGAGACUGACAUACACUCGAGUUUCGGCAUUGCCUAAGCUUCCUGAAAGUCUGACCAGUCUGUACUUUAGCACUUGGUUGAUGAAGACAUUCCCAGAUCUCUCGAACCUGUUGAACUUAAGAGAUCUGAGUUUGGUUUUGUGGAGUUCUAGGAUGGACCCUUCUGAACUUGAGAAAGCUUCCAGUCCUUGGUGGAUUGGAAGAUUACACAAGCUAGAGUCUAUAUGGCUGGAAUCUCCUUACCUGACCACCCUACCUUCAGACUUCAUUCUCCUUUCUCAACUCAAGGAACUUGAGCUCUGGUGCGAGAACGUGAAAUGCCUCCCGAGGGUUCCUGCAAGUUUGUCGCGCUUAGUUAUAAAAGGUUGUUGGGAAAUGAAGACAUCGAUAGACCUUUCAAACUUGAGGGCACUAGCGGAUUUGGAAGUUACAAGUUGUGAGAUAACAGAGAUCCAAGGUCUUGAAGGCUUGGAGAACCUGAGAUCAUUGAAGCUUGUUAGAGUUCCAUCACUGGAGAAAUUGCCUGACCUCACUACCUUAAACAAGCUCACGAAACUUGAACUGUAUAAUUGUCCUAAACUGGUUGAUAUUCAAGGCAAACUAGAAUCAUUGGAGAUACUUCGUAUUGAGUUCUGCAGUUAUCUGGAACAGCUGCCAGUUCCAUCAAGCUUCAAGAAGCUAAAAUAUAUGAGGAUACAUGAGUGCGAAAAGCUAAAAGAUUUGCUGAGAUCUGACGAUUGGAGGACUCUGAAGGAAGUCACUAAGUCUGAGCCAGAGAAGUAAAUAGGUCAAGCCAAGGAAUCAGAGUUGGCAGGUAAAGGGAAACAGUUUUUUUAACCGAUUGGAGUUAACUAACAAAUUGAUCUGUAAAGAGUGUAACAAUUACGGCUUUAGAUUUCAUGAUGAAUCAAUCAUUUUUCAAAUCUCUGUCUCUGUCUCUGUCUCUCUCUCUCUUCUUAAUUCUCCAUUCUAACUAUGGUCAAUUCUGGCGCAUUUAGAAAUUGAGAAGCAGUUUAAUUCACAGAAAUUUUGAUCGUCUCCCUUGUUUUCAUGGCCAUUUUCAAAUUUAAGCACAACUGGUUGUCUAAAUCUCGAUGAAGAUGGUUACUAUUGCUUAUUAUGUGAUGGCAACUCUACUUGUCACAAGUCCUUCAUUUCUCAUGUAACAUGUUUGCCCAUAUGAAAAAACUAUCAAUAUCAUUACUGUAGUCUCGCUGUUCAGAUAUUGGGAUGUCUGCUGUUCAUCAGAGCUCGUAGAAAGGGAAAAUAAAGGCUUAGAAUUAGAUAUGUCUAGGAUUAAUUUGGUUAGAGAGGAUGAUAUAAAGAACUUUAAGGGGUCAUCCAAAACUAACGACCUUGAGGACAAAAUGUUCCCUCUAAAAGAGAUGCAACUUUGUAUGGAUGAUGUCAAAAGUGUCAAACGAAAUUCCUACGAUGUGUUUGGAUUUUCUAAGGAGUGAGCUUAUGCAAGCUGUGAGCUGGGGGCUAAGGCUUCUUGGGGAUGAAGAGUAUUAAAUGGGUAUAAACAUUAACUUGGGGUCGUUGAUUAUACCCAUCGGAAGGUAGGCAAGUGAAUUUAGGCUUAAAGGUUCAGACAUUGAUUGAGAAAAUUUGAUUCUUCAUGAGAGAUGGUAUUCAGGAAAAGCAAUAUCCUAUCUGGAGUUGCCGACCAGUGUGAAAGGGGGAAGGAUGAACCAUUUUUGGCCCAUACAUUGAAGAGAGGAAGCAACUGUGAAGCCAGUGUAUCAUUAACCUAAACAAAUGAGACAUGCAGAGUAUACCAUUCAGAGCAGUCAAGAGUUUGGCUAGUUGUCCUUUUUCAUGAAAAAAAGAAGAAGAAAAUGCUGAGUUAUAUAGGCAUCGUGGAGGUCUCGCGACCUCAGCGUUGCGAAGCCUUGGCGGCCCUCGGUUGGGUCGCGCUGACCGUUGAGCUGCUGUCUUCGCCUAAACCACUGUGGGUCGAGGCUGAGAAUCGAGGGACCCAGAUCUAGCCCUUCGGCAGCAGUCGCUGAGGUCACAUGACCUCAGCGUCACCUCGCCUGGUGCCACACAUCCUCUGCGGUCUCCAAGGUAACCUUUAAAUUAGUUAUAUUGGAAUUAUCUGAUUUCAUUUGGCUAAUGAGAAUUAGUUGUAGCCAGACAUUAGCCUCUUCUGAGUUGGUACAAGGUGAUUCAAGAAUAUGAAAAUAAGAACAUAAAUGGAGAGAUGAGAUAAUAGCAAAGUCGGAGAACUUUAGCACAUGAGAGAGACAAGAAACCAUUGAUUUCAUUCACUUUACUCAAACUUCAGCACACCAAUUUCUGCUUUUCCAUGAGUUGCAAGUCAACCAUCAUACUAUUAUUUCUUUCCUAUUCUCUCAUGAAUAAAUGUUAAUGUCUCUACUAUCACCUGAGCUAAUUAAUGCUAAAUUGUCUGCUGAAUUUUGAGUUUUUUUAUGGUCUAGCAAAGCCAAAUGAUGGCUAUCAAUAAUUCCUUGAUUUCUUCCUUUUUGUGAAAUUCCUUAUGAUGAACCCCAGCUCCUUUAUGAACUAGAAAUGGUAUCUAACCUGCAGAUUUCGAGUCGUUUGAGGGAAUUUUUUGUCGAAUGUUGUUCUUUUAACAUAAUUGUCUGCCGAAUAUAUGGAUAACAUCAAAGAAGGGAGGUUAUGAAGAUAACUGUGAAGUAGAAUUCACACUUCCUUUCUAUGGCCUAGUAAGUUAAUCAAUCAAGCUGCUCAGCAAGACAGGACAUUUUUGCGGCAAAUUGCACUUACGUUACCCUCUUUUGACCUGCAAUUAUAGGUUCCAUUACAGAAAAUGCAAAAGAAUGCAGAGGAAGGCAAUCUUUGAGCAGUGCUUUCUGAUAAGAAAGUUGUGAAGCCUUCCCCAGAAGGGUUUAAGAUGGACCAAGUAAUACGUAUUCCUUUUUUUUGAACUCUUGGCCUCUGUAUUAAAUAGUGUCUAAUGUCUUUGUUUCUUCUGCUCCAGAAUCCAACUUUGCAAUGAGUCACCAUGUUUUCACAGAACUCCUCUUCCUUUUUCCACUUCCUCGUCACUUGAAAUCAAGGGAGUCAUCAUCAUGGAAUAAGUCAUUUUUUUAAUCAAACUUACUUAGUAGUGCAUCAAAACAAAAAUAAGUCAAACAAUGAACAGACUACUAAUGUUGCUCUACAUUUUUUUGCUUUCUUAUUUCAUUGUCCAUUUGGAGCCUUACUCAGAAUAGCGUUUGCAUCUUUCUGGUGAAUAGUACUGCACUUCCAUUUAGAUAACAAACUGAUACAGGCAUUCUGGAUAGUAAAUCUGAGUAGUCAAAGUUGGUCAUCUUUCCAGAGAAAAUCGUUACAUAUCAUUUAUCUUAGUUUCUUUUUACCCUCUGUCAUGAGGAACAUAAAGAAAGAAGGUACUGCGCUUUACUAAUUGCUCGCACAAAAUGCCAAGAAACAAUAUGCUUUUGUCAAAGCGGUUAUUGUUAUAUUAGCCCAGAAUAGAUCUCUGCAUUGGCUUCUGAUAGAAAUUAGCCUCAUCAUCACUGCAUCUACAUAUUUAACAUUUUCAAGUGCGGUUUGACUUUCUUGGGGUACACUUGGAGACAGAAAUGUACCAAAAAGGAAGAGCGGAUAAUUAUGAUGAUGUGUCAUGACCAUUGACAAUGUAAUUUCAGAUAUCAAUAUGCUAUUGUUGCAGCUUUCUAUUCAGGAAACGGAGAAGUUAAUAGGAUAUGAUUAUGAAGUAUUCUUAAGCCUUAGAGGACCAGAUACGCUCUGGCAUAAUUGAUUUCCUGCAUACCAACAAGAAUGAUGCUGGAAUUCGAGUAUAUAGAGAUUAUGAAGAGCUCCGCAUCGGGGAAGGCCUGGAGCUUCUUCAAGCGAUGGAGCAGUUGAAAUCCUUGAUUCACACUUCUAUAAAGGAUAUGCUGCCGGGGAAUGGUGCCUCAAAGAGUUGGUGCAGAUGGCAGAGUGCAAGAAAAGAAGAGGACACAAAAAUCAUGCCCAUUUUUUAUAAUGUUGGACCAUCGGAGGUAUUAUGUCAAACUGGGUUCUACACCAAAGCCUUUGCUUCUCAUGAAAACAAAAGCCGCUUGAUGAUAAGACUCUCCAAACUUGGAGAGUUGCUUUCAAUGAGGUUGGAGCAUUAAAGGGACGGGACUUCCAAAACAAUCCAAAGGAGGGAAGUUGAGUUCGCAAAGGAAGUUAUCGGGAAGGUUUUGAUGGAGUUGAAAAAGGCCCACUCGGUAUUUUCAGAUUUAUUGGUUGCAGUGGAUAGUCAUGUAGAUGAAGUCAUGAGAAUGAUGGGCACUCACACUUAUUAAACAAACAUUAUUGGAAUGUAUGGAACGGGUGGUUUUGGAAAGACAACACCUGCCAGAAUUGUCAACAAUAAAUUUUGAGAUGGUUUUCACUGCCGUUGCUUCCUUGCUGACAUUCGAGAUGCGUGAAAGAAAAAGAGAAUCGAGUAUUUGCAGAAUCAACUGAUCUCUAGCAUCCUCCAAAGGAAAUGGUCAGAAAUCAAUAAUAUUGAUAAAGGGAUAAAUACAAUUAAAGCAAGGUUAUCCACAGUAGGGUUCUACUUCUUGAUGAUGUCGACAAAAGAAUUCAACUAGAUGCUCUUGUGGCAAGGCGUCAUUGGUUUUGGAAAAGGAAGCAGGGUUAUAAUUACCACAAGAAACGUGGGAGUACUCGGUGCGACUAAAGUUGAUUGCACUUAUGAACUUACUUGCAUGGAUUUUGAUCAUUCUCUCCAACUUUUCAGCAGACACGCCUCUAGAAGAGAUUAUCCAUCAGAGGAGUACAUCCUCGUUUCCACACAAGCAGUGAAUUUUUGCGAUGGUCUUCCUCUAGCUCUUGAGGUUAUAGGUUCAUUCUUGUCAGGGCAAAACAUAACAAAGCGGAAUACCAUAUUGACGAGGUUGGAAAUUAAAUUUUCCUUAUGAGAAGUUGAUGAUCAGUAUUGAGGCAUUGGAUUCUUGACGGAAUACAUAUGUCUGGAUAUUCCUUGUAUUUUCAUUGCAUUUGAUGAAAGAAAAGUGUUUCACA